AUGAUAUUUCAGUUGACAGAAGUUGGAAAACCCACAUUACCAUCAUGGAUGUACUUCAACCAGUCAUCUCACACUCUUGUUGGCAUACCGGUUACUGCUGGUCAGUUUUAUAUACAAGUAGAUAUAAAGGUAUACACUGGAAUGAUUCCCAGCAAGGACAUCAACAGGGGCAACAGUGAUGAGCUCUGGUCAGAUGCAUUAGUAACAAAUACUUUCAAUAGGGGGCAGCACAGGACAGAGGGGUUGUUAACAAAUGGAUUUAUAAAGAAGGAGCACUUGGUUGCCACUGAUGUGUUCAGUAUUAUUGUCUGUGAUGCUUUGACAAGUUGUCAACCAGAUCAUAGUCAGCAACAGAGCCUUCAAAACUUGCAGGAAUCUCCAAAAAUAACAUCAACAUCAACGCCUUCAUCUUCAUCGCCAUCAUCGUUUUCUUCAUCGAACCAACCUGAUUGUCCCAGAGAUGUGUUUGCUUACUCUGCCAAUAUUGUCUUGGAUGUAGCCCUGGAAAAGCUCCCCUUACAGAGAAGAAUGAAGCUUUUGCAAGAUUUGGCCAACUUUGUUCAAAUUCGUGUGGAGAAAAUAACAUUAAAUGAGUACAUGGGAAUGAGGGUGAACACUGUGAACCAAGAACUAGUUAUUUUAAUGGCAGGACCAGGGAAUGUUCAUAAUGGCCUCCCCUCCUCUAGUGGCAUAGGCGUCCUUAUGUCGUGGCCAAUCAGCUGUGGGGAGUUCAGAUUUGCCAGAGACUUCAGCCAGGUCCUGGAUCACAACGUGGCCGGUGGGAGAAUAACCAGCGAAAUUGGCUUCAAUAUCAUUGGUUGGCAUAUCACAGCAUUCAUGCCAACAAGGUCUGGGGUCCAGAAGAAAAAACGCACAAAGAGACAGCUGAAUCAGGCGACGCCAUUCCCAGGCACACCUUCGCUCAGCAUGGCACAGCCCACCAGGUUGACUCUGCUGUCCACCAUAUCUGAGACACUGAGCACAGAUAUGACAUCUUCCCCACAACCCCCAGUACAAACUUCUAGUCCCAGUACUGUCGUAUCAGUUUCAAGCCUUUUUGACAGCUCUGUUUUUUCAGCGUCAUCCAGUGAGGACAUGACUGUUUCUAUGGAUGUCAGUCCAUUGUCGCCAUCAACUAGCGAGUCUGUGCCAGAGGGACCAUCUCAAACUGUUACUUUGUCCAGCAUUAUAGAGACAUCUUCACUAGUUGACCAGUCUAGCGACAGCACUUUUGAGUUUUCCACUCUUAUUUUGUCAUCAUUUGUCACUGUAGAUACAACAUCUACCAGCAUAGACACAGUGGUGACAUCUUCAUCAUCAGCAACAGCAACAAUCUCAGUUACAUCGUCAUCGGUUUUUAAUGUCACCACAGUAACACCAACAGUAACAACAGCAGUAACAACAGAAGAAGAAACAACAACAGAGAUAACAACAACAACAACACCAGAGGCAACUACAACUGAACCUGAAACUACAACUGAAGAAGAAGUGACAACAACAGAAGCCGAGACAACAACAGUAGAAGAAACAACUACUGAACUUGAUACAACAACAAUGCCAACAACAACACCAAUAACAACAACAACAACAACAGAGAAACAAACCACUGUACUAAACACAACAAUAUCAGCACCAACAACAACAGUAACAGUAGAAGAUACAACCACUGUAGAAGAUACUACUACAGUAAAGCCAACCACUACAACUGAAGGAAUUACAACUUCAACAGCAGCAACAACUACGGAAAAUAUAACUGAAGCAGUGACAACAGCUACAACAAAAAUACAAACUGAUACAACAACAGCAAACAUCACAGAGGAGUUCACCACUGAAGCAGUAACAACUCCACACCUGACAACAGAAGCUGUAACUACAACUUUGCAACCCACAACAGGAGUUACUCUGACUUUGAAUACCACUGUAGAAAAUACAACAGCAGCAGCACUGAGUACCACUGAAAUGCUCACAACUGAAGCAGUUACAAAUGUCACAACAGAGGUCACAACAAUGGUGCCAGCAGUUACAACUGAAACAACUAUUGCCACCACCGAAGCAACUACAACUACUCCCACAGAAAUCACAACUGAGCAAAUAACAACAACAACGGAAUUAUUAACAACUAUACCAGUGACAACAUCACUUACAACAACAGAGUCGAUAACCACACCCGCUACCACUGCAACAACACCUUCUGAAACAACAAGUGAAGUCAUCACAACUUCCACGGAAGGGGCAACUACUACUAAGGCAACAACUGAGACUAUUACAACAUCUGAAGGCAUAACAACAUCAACAGCAGCAUUGACAACAACAAAACCAACAACACCAACUUCAACAACAGAUAUGAAAACCACAGCAGAAACAACAACAACAACAAAAACAAAAGCAUUGACAACAACGUUUGAAACUAUAACACCUAAAGAUGAGACAACCACAACUUCUGAGACCACUACAGCUCUUUCUACUACAGUGAGCCCUACUGUUGCCAUAACAACAGCCAAAGAAACAACAACAGUAAUGACAACUACAUUGCCACCAACCACCACUAUGCAGACAACUACAGUAGAGAUCACCACAGUGCCAGUAAACCAGGCCCCCAUUCUGUACAACCAGUUCGAUAAUCUUCGGGUGUUUCAAGGGGAGUAUUUCAGCUACCUGGUACCCCGCGACACCUUCCACGACAGAGAAGAUGGGGACACCAGACACCUCAAUUUGUCCCUUCUGGACAGCGGGACUGGAGAAAUACUUGGGCCUGCAUCAUGGGUUCUGUUUAAUGAGCCAAAUCAAAUUAUAUAUGGAGUUCCAGUUUUUGCCAAUUUGUUUCUUAAUCCGCAGGAAUUUCACCUCAUGGCAGAAGAUUCUGAUGGAUUAUUCAGCACUGAGGUGUUUAAUAUAUUUAUCAACAGUUCGAGUGUGGUGGAUAUAUCCCAUGUCUUCGUCAUAUCUCUAGAGGAGAAUUACUUACAGUUUGUUAACGAUACUCAGAAUUUGAUCACAUUGAUGCAAAAGAUUGGAAAAUUCUUUGGGGAUUCAGACUCUAGAUUUGUAACAGUUGUAUCAGUCACUAAUGGAUCUGUGAAUGUUGCUUGGAGUAACAACAGUUUCUCAAAACUAGUUUGUCAAAAUGAAAGCAUACACUUCCUUCUAGAUGAAAUAAUCGACCCAACAUCAGGGAACAUCAAAUCAAAUUUCUCCGCAGCGAUGCUCCCAGAGUUCAGGGUGCUCUCCGUCCAGUAUCGCCCCCUAGGGGUGUGUGUGCCAGGUGAUGUGCUGCCCCCUAUAGUUUCUGUGGGGGCAGUUGCCAUUGACAACUACUAUAUUUAUCUUGUCACAAUUAUCCCAGCAGUGGGUGUGGUGCUGAUUCUAUUGCUCAUUGGUUUGAUUGUCUGCAUCCUGUACAGACGUCGUAGAGACAGUGGAGACAGACUGGUCAAGGCAGACAAGCCAACAUACAAUGCCAAGCGUGGCAAACGAAAACCAGUCAUUUUACCAGAGGAGCUCGAAUUACAGGAGGUGGAUCGUAAGCCUAAGAAACCACUAUUCCUGUUACCUGACAGCGAUCCCCUCAUGGGGGGUCCUGCUGCUAGACCCCCUGCAGAGAGACCACACCCACCACCGCCACCCCAAUAUCGUGUGCCACAGUUUGACUUUGAUUGGCCUGAUCAGGGGGAUCAGACCACGCCCCCACCUUCAUAUCACAGUGGGAGUGGGCGGGGCCCCCAUAGGCCACCCCCACCUGCCUAUCGCCUCCCUCCGCCCUAUUUAGCUGAGCAAGGGGAUUCAUCAGUGUAG